CCCAUUUCCCGAAGUGGACGAGAGUCAGACACCACUGAAGCUACCGGUACCUAUCCCCCAAGGUCAUCAAGGUCGCCAAGGUUAUCGACGGGGUGUUAUCGUGCUGCAGGGCACGGAACUUGGAAGCGAUAGUGGAGGGGCUGCCUGUCCUGGCUCGGUUCCGUCAUCUGAAAAAGGAUCCCAGCCCCCCGUCACUUACCUCAGGUACCUGACCUUAUCAACCUGAACAAGAGUCAGCUUCCAAACCAUCCCAGCUACACCUGCGACAGGAACUGAAGCGACGCGAAAUCCCUUCCCUGCUUGCGUUUGCCACGCAAUAGAGGACCUACACAGCAGAGACGUUUCCAAGAUGUCUUCCGAACGGACGCCCCUCAUCAACGACCGCCGCGAAGGCGACGACAGCGACGACUCCUCCCGGACGCCCCCAGGCCCUUCGCGCCUCCGCGAAAUCGUCCUCUUCGCCUGGGCCCUCCUCGCCACGGCAGCCCUCAUCGUCCUCGCAGUAUGGACCCAGCACCGGAGCUCGACAAAGUUCCCGAGGCCCACUGAGGGCAAGCGCAACCUCAUCUUCAUGGUCUCGGACGGCAUGGGCCCGGCCUCCCUCUCCCUGACGCGCAGCUUCCGCCAGCACGUCGAGGGCCUCCCCGAAGACGACGUCCUCACCCUCGACAGGCACUUCUGGGGCUCCUCCCGCACCCGCUCCUCAAACUCCCUCGUCACCGACAGCGCCGCCGGCGCCACCGCCUUCUCCUGCGGGAAAAAGAGCUACAACGGCGCAAUCUCCGUCCUCCCCGACUACGAGCCCUGCGGCACCGUCCUCGAGGCCGCCAAGCGCGCCGGCUUCAUGACCGGCCUCGUCGUCACCACCGACAUCACGGACGCCACGCCCGCCUGCUUCGCCAGCCACGUCCUCACCCGUGCCAUGAACGACGACAUCGCCCUCCAGGAGGUCGGCGACGGUCCCCUCGGCCGCGUCGUCGACAUCAUGCUCGGCGGCGGCCGUUGCCACUUCCUCCCCAACGGCACCGACGGCAGCUGCAGACUCGACAACACCGACGUCGUCAAGAAGGCCCAGGACGAGUUCGGCUGGACCUACGCCGGCGACCGCGCGGGCUUUGACGCCCUCGAGGGCGGCGAAAAGGUCUCGUUCCCCCAACUCGGCCUUUUCGCCCACUACGAUAUCCCCUUUGAGAUUGACCGCCGCAACAUGAGCGACGUCUACCCCAGCUUGAGCGAGAUGGCCGCCACGGCCCUGCGCGCCCUCGAAAAGGCCACGGAGAACAGCGACAAGGGCUUCUUCCUCAUGAUCGAGGGCAGCAGGAUCGACCACGCCGGCCACAUCAACGACCCCGCCGCCCAGGUCCGGGAGGUUCUCGAGUACGACAAGGCUUUCAAGCUCGUCUCCGACUUUGUCAAGGACAGCAAGACUGAGUCCCUCUUGGUGGCCACCAGCGAUCACGAGACUGGUGGCCUCGCUACUGCUCUGCAGGAGCCCGGGCACCUCCCCGUCUACAACUGGUACCCCAAGGCCCUCGCAAAGGCCUCCGCCUCCGCCGAGCUCCUCUCCAAAAAGUUCCUGCAAAAAGUCGCCUCCACCAGCGGCAAGACCCUGAACAAGGAGGAGCUCAAGCAAUGGGUCAACAAGGAGCUCGUCGUCCCCGGCCUCGGCAUCGACAACGCCCACCCGGAGGAGCUCCAGGCCCUCGUCGACCACCCCGAGGUCUCGGUCCAGACCUUCGCCGCCAUGAUCAGCCUCCGCGCCCACGUCGGCUGGAGCACCCACGGCCACACGGCGCUCGACGUAAACGUCUACAGCACCGGCGGCGAAGAGGCCCAGAAGAUCCGCGGCAACGUCGAGAACACGGACGUGGGCAAGUUCCUCCGCGGGUACCUCAACGUCGACGUCGACGCCAUCACCGCGGAGUUGAAGGAGAAGAUGAACAAGAAGCAGCUCGGCGCCAUGAACCUCCAGCAGCAGCAGAUGGCGGCUCUGGCUGAGGACCCCAGCACCUGGAGCCAAAGCCAGAGCUUGGAGUACGCCCACCUGGUAAAGGCAGGAGCUGCAUGAGUUGAGAUUUCUUAGCAUUGGUAGGUGGCAGACCAGAGUCAUGAAGUAGAGGGGCAGGAAAGGGGGGCAUGUGGCAUUACUGGAGUUAACGGACGAAUUGAUUUUUUGAGCAUAGGGGCUGAUAUCCCCAUUCGCUGGAACAUGACCUAAUCAUAGCAACAAACGCGCAGCUAUAGAGCAAUGUAUACAUACCACAUCAAUCGAGACAUUGAAGUCAAUUGUUUGCUCGGGGCAACGUGUGUCCCCCACCGCAACCCGCAAGCACGGAGACAUCCAUACACGUCGUGAGCCAUGACCGCGAUAUGGC